CUAAAGUUAAAUAAAGAGAUAAUAUAAUCGUAACAUUUGUUUCAAUUGAGUGAAAAGUUUACUAAAUCCAGUAUUUCUUACAGAGUACUUCACAACUCUUGACAUCGCGAAUUACAGAUUUAAAAAAGAAAAAUAACUUAUUCUUGGAAGAUGAUAAUCUUCGCAUAUAUCUGUAGACCCACCUUUGAAUCCACACGAAUCUACAAGUCAGUCGUAAAUCGACACUUUCAAAAAAAAUCAGAAACCGGUAAGAAAGCACGGUUAAAUUCACUGUGCUUAUUUGAGUUAGUUCCCGGAUGGAUCAACAAUCGUUAAAAACUAGUCGUAAAACAUUUAAGCAACGGAGAGACUCUCCAGAAAAAGAGGAAUCACAUCUAGACAUUAAAGAAAACAUUUUGUCUAAAGAUCAUAGAAAAUAUGGUACUGAAAAAGACAAUGAUAAGCCAAAUGUCGAGCCUUUAAGUAUACCGCGUUUCGAUGAUAAUAAUCUUCCUAGGGAACGGCGGCACGAAUAUAAUGAGUUAUCAAAACUAUUAAGCAAAAUAAAUGCAUUGCAAGAGCAAUCUUUUCGUAUGGCUACUAAAGAGAUUGUUCACACUUCAGAAACUCAAUCUAAAGAACUUUAUGGAACGAUAGCUGAAUUAAAAAGAGAAUUGGAGAGUGAAAAAAAAAAUAAUGAUCAAUUACGCCAAGAACUUGCCGAAAGCAAACAUUAUGUUCAAGAAGUCGAUGAAGAGAAAUUGCUAGUUAAGGAGCUUUUUGGUCUUGAAGUUCUUUCUUCCAAAGUCGUCGAAGAAGGAAUUCGCUAUACCUGUAGAAAUACUGGUAGACGAGGACAAUUGGAGUAUCAGUUACUACUAGACGAUUCAAACUUCACGUUUACACCCUGUUUGCAUCCACAGCGUGAUGCUGAGUUGAUGGAUUACUUACCAGAAUACCUUACAGAAGAGAUAAUAUUUACGAAGGAACAGGGAAAGUUAUUUUCGGCUCGAAUUAUGAAGGCUCUGCAAGACUAAACGGACAGUUUUCCUUUAAAAUCAAUAUGUAUACUAAGUUCUGUUGAGGAAGAGCUGCUAUAUUUGAAAAUUCACUUGUAUUAUGUGUCAGAUAUUUACUUCCUCACGUUUGAAGAUAAUUGGUAGCGCGAAAAACAUAACGAUAGCAUAGGUAAAUACUGUCAUGUAUCAUAAAAGAAUCGUAUUCAAUCUAUUAAUUACAAAGCAUACUUUUGAGUCCACUCGCGAGCAUUUAAAAUGGCUUGUUGCUCAUUGUCUUUCCAGAUUUUAGCAACAUCAUUGUCCAGAGGGUCGUCUGGAUUUGGUGCUCCCAUUAGGGCUUGGAUAGACAAUAGGACAGUACGAAUUUGAAGAGCGGGACUCCAAUCCUCUAUUCAUUGUUAGCAGAUAUCCCUUAAAUUUCGAAAGGUUUUAAUAAAAAAAUUUGUAACUGAGCUUCUUACUUUUCAACGUGGAAAGGCAAAUUCUACCAAGUUUAUCAACAUUAGGGUGAUAAAUUUUAGUCAAGAAACGAACACUAGGGGGCAUCUAUAACGGUGGUUAGUGUUUCCUAUUGCUAAUUCUUUCAGUCUGAACCGUCUGCGAACGUGCGUUAGACAGAACUUUAUUCUUUCGCACAGGUCCAACAUACCAUGGGAUAUUCUUCGGGUAAAAAGAGCUCCAAAUGAAACUUUCCUCCUUCAUAAGCAGAUUGAUGAGGUCCUUCAAUUGUGAUUUGGAAGUAGCGCAGAUUAUCCUCCAUAGGAGAUGCCUCUAUUCCUGGCGGAGGGUCUCUUGUCAAAGUGUCGAUUUCCUAUUUUUGAUUAGUACAGUUUCUAUUAUAGGUCCUUAAAAAUCUACCUUUAUAAUACGUUUAGGAAGAGCCAUAAUAAAUCAAUGAAAUAGGCACUUUUUAGUUGCAGUCCCCCAAAUGCGAAUUCUUUGGUGUAUUUGCAAUCUAUUAACGAUGGUAUGCUAUACCCUUAUAUAUACGUUAGCGACAUACAAGGAUGGUUUAAAGGGUUACACCAUGUAAACAAACGC